AUGGCCGACAGACGGCUGAAUUAUGCUGGUAUCGCUGGAGGGGGAUCGUCGGUGGAAGAGGUAUUGCCGACUCCUCAACGUGGAGAGAUCUGUUGCUGGGAAAGCACAUUCUUUUACGAACUUCCCAAUGAUGGAGCUCGAAACCACAUGAACUCGUCUCGCUACAGAAUCCAGUGUUGGCUGCAGAUGUCACGCCAGAUCAAAUUAAUGGUGAAUUUCACGAGCACUGCUGGCUACCGUGCUGUCGGUGCUGGGUACAACAUGGAUCAGGAUUCAGCUGUCGUCUCGUCCGAUUUCAAUCUGAUUCAUGCUGAUGUUCAUGAGGUAUAUUCUGGUUCUGCGUGCCUGUCAGGCCCUCAGAUCAGCCAACUGCUGGAGAUCAGCGUGAGGAGGCUGCUGGAAACCAAAUUGACAUCAGGUUUUGCCAUUGACACCAGCAGGUUCUGCUGUGACGUUCAAAAGGGCCUUGUUGAUGUGCUUCUUACCAGCAUGCACCUUGAUGCUGAUAGAACUGCUUGGCUGGAUAAUGUUGUGAAGACAUUGAUGAGACAUGAUUGGAAAGGAGCAGCGAGGCUGCUGAUUAGGAGUGCAUGGUGUGCAGCAGAUGAGUCGAGGUGUGCUGCUGUGGCGGUGCUUCUUGCUGCUGGGUGUGGGACUCUUUAG